CGUUGGUAAUUCUAUAAAAUUCAAUAUGGCCUUUCUCUGCGUCUAUACGUAGAUCGUAUGUAUAUACAUUUGCGUUUAUUUUUUCUUAAUGAUGCGCUCUAUGCAAAUAACGAACGAGGAGCGUGAAUGAUAUUAACAAUAAUAAAGAGCACAUCUCGUUAUCCAUUAAUGCCUGGACAAUUAUAUCGAAGAUGAGUGUAACAUUGCAUACCGACGUUGGUGAUAUAAAGAUAGAAUUAUUUUGUGAGUUGUGCCCAAAAACAUGCGAGAAUUUUUUAGCCUUAUGUGCUAGUAAUUACUACGACAAUUGCUUAUUUCAUAGAAAUAUAAAAGGUUUCAUUGUACAAACUGGGGAUCCAACACAGACUGGCAAAGGUGGGACGUCAAUCUGGAACCGGAAAUUUGAAGACGAAUUUAAAGAAGAAUUGAAACAUAGUGCAAGGGGACUUAUUUCUAUGGCUAAUAAUGGCCCAAACACGAAUGGUAGUCAAUUUUUUAUAACAUAUGGAUCCCAACCACACUUGGACCUAAAAUAUACUUUGUUUGGAAAGGUAAUAGAUGGCUUGGAAACUCUUGAGCAGUUAGAAAAGUUACCAGUGAAUCCCAAGAACUAUAGACCACUUACAGAGACUCGAAUAAACAGCGUGACUAUACAUGCCAACCCCUUAGCAGGAUAAAUAACCAUGCAGGCCUCUCCCAGCCUUGGCAGUCUUCCAUAAUGGCACCUCUUUCAACGAGUAACUAAAAUAAUUAAGUAAAGUGAUAAUAAAUUAAGAGAUAAUUAAGUUAAGUAGUGAGUUUACUUGUUACGUAUUUAUACAAGACUUCUGCGUAAUUAAAUUAAUAUUACCUCGUGGAAAGGGUCUGUUCUAAGAUUCCUGCCACUCAACGGUUUGUCGUACGGAAAUUUAAUACCAUAAUUGUUUCCAUAAGCUUCGUAAGUUCUUUCCUUUAACCAAGUAAAAUUGUUUCUUUGUACCGGAGAAAAUCUGAGCAGGCCAAUAAUAAAGGAAUUUAGAAUAGCUCGAAAUUGAAUGCUUUAGUAGCAAAUUUUAAAUAAAAGUGAUGGAACCUUCUAA